AUGACAAUGCAGGGAGAAGAGAUGGUGGAGAUAGAGAGGGUCGCGAAGAGUCAGCCUCAGCCGCUAGAAGAGUUCCAGGGGGCCCAGACAUCAGUGGCCUCUGGGUCCCAGGCCUGUAAUGGCAGCUGCAGGAGCUGCUGGUCCAAAACCCAGAGCCCAUUCAGGAGCUGCAGCCCCAAUGGCAACUGCCCGCUGCCGCCUCACACAGCGGCUAGACCCUAUAAGUCACACUUGGAACCGCGACGUUUCCUCCUAGCACAGUCCGUUUUCGCCCCGUGGCGGGUCCGGCGCGCAGCCGGUACACCAGGCGCACUUAGGUCCCCGAACCCCCGCUCCCCGCGGGGGACCCCGCGCUCCGCUGCCCUGCGCCGGAAGCCUCUGCGCCGCCCCUUCCCCGCGCCGCUGGCCUUAUCUCUGCGCACAGGGGCCUCCGGGGAGUGGCUGCUGCUCGGCCUGGCCCGCGGUGUCAGCGGAGAACCGGGCACCGACGACUUAGAUGUCUGUGCCACAUGCCAUGAACAUGCCACAUGCCAGCUAAAGGACGGGAAGAGAAUCUGCAUUUGCAACUAUGGCUUUUGGGGCAACGGGAGGACGCGGUGUGUUGAUAAAGACGAGUGCCAAUUCGGAGCCAGUGUGAUCUGUGGGAACCACACCUCCUGCCACAACACACCUGGAGGGUUCUACUGCAUUUGCCACAAAGGCUAUCGGGCUACAAAUAACAACAGGACGUUCAUUCCCAACGAUGGCACUUUCUGUACAGAUGUAAAUGAGUGUGAAGUUCCUGGCCUGUGCCGUCAUGGAGGUCAGUGUAUCAACACUCCUGGGAGCUUUGAAUGCUACUGCAUGCAAGGAUACGUGGCAAAGGGCGGCCCCGAGCCCUUCCAGCCGAGCAGGGACGGCACAUCCUGCACAGAAAUAGACUGUGGCUCCCCUCCUGAAGUCCCUGGUGGCUACAUCACAGGGAAUUACAGCUCCACGCUGGGCGGUCAGGUCCGGUACAGCUGCAAAGAGGGGUUUCUCAGCGUCUCGGGAGAUGGAGUUUCACGCUGCACGGCCCUGGGCACGUGGGAAUCUCCGAAGUUACGUUGCCAAGAGAUCAGCUGUGGCAGCCCUCCCGAAGUCCAGAACGCCAUCUUGGUGGGGAAUCCCACCUCCAGCCUGGGCAGUGUGGCUCACUAUGUCUGUCAGGAGGGCUUCGAGAGUCCUGGAGGAAAGAUCACUUCUGUUUGCACAGAGAAAGGCUGGAGUGAAAUCACUCACACAUGCGCAGAAAUAAUGGUCGAAAUUCACGAUGUGUCUGUGUUUAAUGACAGCUGUGUGAGGUGGCAUGUAAGCCCAGAAAGCAUAAACUCCAAGAUUAUGUACAUGAUACACAUUGAAAGACAGCAGCCCAAUGCUGUGGAAUCCGCUCGCGAGGAGACAGUCAACGUGAUCACAGACAGCAGGACCCCGGAAGUGUGCCUUCACCUCCAACAAGGUGCCAACUACACCAUGCGCAUUUCUGUGGCCCCUCCCCGCCGCUCCGUGCCUGCCAUCCUUGGUUUCCUGACAGCUGAAGACGAUCUCUUAGAAGAUGGUGGAAUUCUCAGUAUUUCAGUAUUUAAGGACACGUGUUUGAAGUUGAACCGGCGUUCUACGAAAGAUGGAUCGGAACAAAUGUAUCAAGUGGAGGUUCUGGGUCAGAGGUGGUAUCUGGAGAAGUUUUAUCAUGCAACUUUCUUUAACUUCACAACAAGAGACCAAGCUCCGGAAGUGUGUUUAGAGCUGUACCCGGCCACCGAUUACACAAUAAACAUCACCCUUCUGCGAUCCACCGAGCCACACUCGGCACAAAUAAGCAUAACAACCGCACCAACAGCCAAACAAACCAUCACGAAUAUUUCAGUAUAUAAUGAAACCUGCCUAAGAUGGGAAAGCCUGGAGACGGCCAAUGUGGAAGAGCUGUAUUUCUUCCGCAUUUGGGGCCAGAGAUGGUAUCAGAAGGCAUUUGUUCUGGAAAUAGUCUUUAACAUCACCAGUAGCAGCCAGGCCCCUGAGAUCUGCCUGGACCUGCAUCCAGGUACCAACUACAACGUCAGCCUUCAGGCGGUGUCUUCAGCACUUCCUGUGGUCGUCUACCUGACAACCCAGAUAGCAGAGCCCCCACUUCCAGAAGUAGAAUUUUUCAGCAUCCAAGGAGGGUCUCUACCACACUUCUGGUUGAGGAAAGCCAGGGAUGUAAAUGGACCUAUCAGCUCCUACCAGUUGCUAGUCCUUCCCCUGGCCUUGGAAAGCACAUUUUCUUGUGGAUCUGAAGGCAUGACUUCAUUUUUUGGCAACACCUCUCUUGCUGGUGGCUAUGUGGCUGCAGAAAUACUGGCCAGUGAUGUUCCAGAUGAUGUAUUGGAGAUACCUGUCGGAGACAGGCUGUACUACGGGGAAUAUUACAACGCGCCUUUGAAACCAGGACGCGAUUACUGCAUUCUAGUACGGAUCACAAGUGAAUGGAAUAAGGUGAGAAGAUAUUCCUGUGCCAUCUGGGCCGAGGUGAAAGACUCGUCCCUCACGCCGCAGCAGAUGGUGGGCGUUGGACUGGGCUCCGUGGCUUUUGUGACCAUUCUUGCAUUCCUCUCCUUCUCAGCGGUGUGAUGGCUGGUGCGCACCGCCUGGGAAGGCUGCCUUAUGAUGGACAGCUGUUUCUACAGCUUUUCAGGUGUCCGGGCUGUGUGACUUCCAUCCAGAGCCCUUGGGUGAACCUGAAACCUUCUCCAUCCCAGCAUGGCCUCGUCCCUGAAUUCAAGAUGGCACCAAUCCUAUCUCUAUGAAAUCU